AUGCCACCUUCUAUCGGCGCCCCUCAAAGCAACACCUGGUUGGCCAAGCCAUCGGGACCGUGUUGUCUCAAGGGAACCCUUCAUGAUGGUACUUCCCAUGGGCGGUUUGUAACGGUCGCGGGAGUAGAAACAUACAUCGUGGAACCUAAAAAGAGCAACGCAAAUGGCCACAUUCUAUUAUACUUUCCUGAUGUCUGGGGAAUGUUUCCAAAUGGCCUUUUGGUGAUGGAUGCAUUUGCCGACUCUGGCUAUCUCGUCCUAGGACUGGACUACUUCAGAGGCGAUCCGAUUUGGAAACAUCGUCGUGAUCGCCAUGACUGUUCAAAUCCAGACUUUGACUACGAGGCUUGGAAGCGAAAGCACAUGGCAUUCGCGGAUGAAGCGGUCCCACGGUGGGUUGAUGAAGUGAAGAGAUCGUAUGGCCAGGCAUCGACUAAAUAUGCGUGUGUCGGAUAUUGUUUUGGUGCACCAUAUGUUUGCGACGAGCUGGCCAAGAGCACCGUCAGCGCCGGCGCAUUCGCUCACCCGGCCUUUUUGAAAGAUUGUCAUUUUUCAAAGAUUACCAAGCCCCUAUUACUGUCCUGUUCUGUGGAAGACCACACGUUCCCUAAAGAGGCCAGACAAGUCGCUAUAGAUAUUCUGCAGUCAGGUCAAAAGUCAUACCAAUUGCAGCUGUUCUCUGGUGUUGAGCACGGAUUUGCUCUGCGAGGCAAUAUGAAAAAUCCCUACGAGCGCUACGUGAAGGAGCAGAGUUUGAAGACAAUUGUAGAAUGGUUUGACUUUUGGUUAUCACAAUAG